UUCUGCUUUCGCUUUCGUGUUUAUAAGAUUUCGCAGAGCAGUGAGCCACAAACUGGGCCUUUAUUUCAGCUGUAGUGUUGCUUAUUCAGAGUUUCGCGUUAGUCGCGUUAGUAGUUCUAGAUACUGCGGAAUUAAGCUGGUGGUGAGAAGCCGGUGUGUGAUCUGACUGAGGGGAUCAUUAGAGAGACAGCAGCUGGAGGAAAAUGAUAAUUAAUUAAGAAGGCUUUUUAACAAAGAUGGCGUCUAACGAAGGCCACCCAACAACAAAGAGGCGCAGGAAAAGCAUUGAGUUGCCUCCUACAGUGAGUUUUGAAGACACGUCAUUGAGAAUCGUUGUAACGGGACACUCUGGUCUUCAUCAGUACUCUCUCACAGAGUCAAUCCUGCAGAAAGCCAUCUUUACUGGCGCUGAUCCAGACACUACGCUAACUACGAAAACGCCAGGAAAAGCCCUGGAGAGAGACGUGGUUCUCGUCAACACCCCAAAUCUGAACAAUCACAGCUUAUCGCAUGAUGCUCUUAAAAAAGAGUUUAGGAAAUCUGUGUGUUUCUCCAGCCCAGGCCCACAUGCCUUCCUCUUUAUUUUACAUCCCUCAGACAUCCCGUCUAAUGCCUGUGAAAUUUUCCAACCUGUGGUCCAGCACUUUGGAGAAAGUGUUUUGAACCACACGGUGGUUGUUUUACACCACAAUGGGGAGGUGCCGGAUAACAAGAUUAAGACUGAGGGCCUCAAGGAGCUUCUGAAGAAGUGUAAUCAGAACUACUUCAUCUUUAAUAGUGGGAAGAACAGGGAAGGGGGUAUCGUGACAAGACAGCUGUUCGACAAGAUUGAUGAGAUGUUUUCACAGCAUGGGCUUUAUUCCAAUCAGGAAUUUAAAGAAGCUGAAAAAAGAAUCCAGAAGGAGGAAAAAUAUAUAGAAAAAGAGAGAGGGAAAGAGAUUAGGAGAAUGCUGGAGGAACUGAAGAAGAAUCAUUCUGGAGAAGAUCUGGAGAGAGAAGUGAAGCUUUAUCAGGAAAAGAUUCACUCUGAGAACCGGGAGAAGGCGGAGAAACGUAUUGCAGAGAGGCUCGGCUUCACUCUUCGCCUCGUCGAUUAUAUCUCAGCAAUAGGAAAGGGAGCGUUAGUAGGUGCAGCGUUAGGUUUAGCCAUGGGGAUGGAGGGUGCUGUAAUAGGAGCCAGUGUUGGUGCAGCUCUUGGUGCUAUACUGGGAGGAGCUGUGGGAAGAGGGUGGAACUAUUUUACUGGUGUUUUUGGAGAUGCCCAUAGAGAUUAUACUUAAAGAUCACCUUUAAAUGAGCAUUUCUGAAGCGUACUGGGCAUCUCUUUUGGUCCAUUUAAAACCAGCAAUUAAGUAAAGACAAGAUAGGGAAUGAAAGUGGGCAUCAACCAAGUAAUCAUGCAUUUCACCAGGACACACUAUGAACAGAUUUUACGUGUCCCUGUCGUGCAAAACUACUCCAAACAUGUAAAUCUGGCAGUUUUCCUUUUUCUUGGAACACCAAUUACCCUACCCAGUCAUUAGGACCCUCUCUACUGCUAGUAAUCCCCCCAACACUAGGAGAGAGGUACACUAGCAUGUGUCCUCUGAUACAUGCAAGGCCAGCCAGCAUCUCUUUUCAAACUGCCACUGUCAGUAAUGGAGGAAAGCGCAGCACCACAGCUCUGAUACACCAGCUAACAGACGCCUGUGCUGACCGACAUCACAUUGAUUGGAUUGAGAGCAAGGCCAAUUUUCUGUCUCAGACUCUGGCUGCUGAUGGCAACAGCAUGACAAGAAAUUUGAACCAGAGAUGAUCCUGAGUGGACCUUUAUUCCCUGGUCCACUCAGAGCCUCCUUAAAGCCCCAUUAGGUAGGAUUUCCUUGAUUUUUUAUCUUUUUAAAGAAGUAAAAACUCACUGCAGCGCUGCAUUGAGGUGUAAUAGGAGGAAUAGCGGUGCUCUCGUGUCUGUGCCGGAGCUCCUGAAUGAACAAAUAAAAAUUCUGUAUAUAUAUUUUUUACGUUGUAAUUAUUGAAUUAAAUAUUUAGUUUUAAUUAGGUCUCUAGCUUAAUUUUAAGUAAAUCUAUAGUUGAUACCUUAUGUUGUUACAUUGUCUUAAUAGCCUGUAUGUUAAGAAGUAUUUAAAAUUAAGGAAUUUAAUUGCAGUUUUGGAUUGAUCUUUUUUUUUUAUUGUAACACCAAGGGUUUUCAACACAUUAGCAAUAGAGUUGCACUAAUUAUCAUUACACUCCUUUUUUUGUCCACAGUGAUGUGUGUGUCCAGAGUUUCUUUACCUCCAGUUCCUUAUUAAGUAAACUGGCAUCGGGUCAGUUUUCCCUAUUUUGUUUGUUGUUAUUUUGUUUUACGUUAGUCUGUGAUACCGAACUGUGAAUACUAACACUAAACACAGUUCUGGUAUUGUGGUAUUUUUAUCAUGCUGUUAAUUUGCUGAUAUGUAGAUUUGAGAAAAAUAUACAAUGAGAAUAUGUAUUUUAAUGAGAGAGCAGAAUACACAAAAGUGGUGCUGUACAUAAAAAUAAAUUAAAUAAAUAUUAUAUAAUAAACCUUUGUGUUUUUCAUGUGUUUGUAUUGUAAUAAAUAAGCAAUCAAACAUUUGCUUCUGUAACUUUCAUUACUGUGAAAAAGACUUUCUUAAAUAUCUCAAAAAUGUCAACUUUUUAGGAGAUGGAGCAAGUUCUGCUUUGCUUUCAAUGGAAGCCAGUGUGAAAAGAUUUUAUCAUGAAAGAUUAUUUAUCAUGAAAGCUGGAUAAUGUGUAAAAUGUCAC